CACAAUUGGCGUUAAUGAGAUGGGGGAACGUCAUUGCGUUUGCACUCGUGAUACUACGGUAGCAUCCAAGGGGCGUACACACGAUGUGUUGAUAGAGGUAUCUACUUCUCGUGUAAAUCAGUUGUAUGCUGACUUCUAUUUUAUAUUUUAGGGCGUUGGGGGAAGAAUGAAAAAGGUCUUCCACCAAAACGGACGAAAUCAUGAACGGCGCCGUAUACAUCUCGUUUUUUCAAGGUCAGCUGGAAUCUGCACUAGAGGAAGUAGUGCAAGUCGCAGUACAGGAAAUAACCAAGACUGUUGGGUCAAGCUUGACUUCUAUGUUAAUGAAAACGGCCGUCAAAGAACAAGAAAACCAACGACUUAAGUUAGAGCUUCAGUCACUGGAGUUUGAAUGUAAUAGGGUAGAAAAUGGAGCCGAAUUCAACGGUGGCAGAGAAGACAACGCGGCCACGGAUCGAACAAAGCCCGAGACACACACCCCCAGCCACAGCGCAGAGCGCGGCGUGUACGCAAACACUCUAAGACUGGAUCAAAAAUGUCGAGUAGUGGGUCAGCUCAAGAUGGUCAUGGAGCAUGUGCUGGAGUUCGCUGUGUGUGAGCUGACCAAAAUUGUGGAGGCCAGUUUCGAUGACCUGCUCCUGGAGCUGACCAGGAAAGAGCGGGAGCACAUCGCUCUAGAGGAGCAGUUGCGCCACUUGGCGCACCAGGAGAACAGGAAGGGCGGGGUGUCGAGGAGGAGUGGGUGGGAAAACAACACAGCGUUCCCCAGCGGCUCAGAGGACACCCGGCAGGAAUCCAGAAACGUCACAGUCAAAAUUGUCCGAGAACAAAGAGAGCAAACUGAGACAACAAAUGACGGUGACAAGCAGGCUGUCCUGACCGUAGCCCAGGACUGGGUCCCCAUCCUGGACAAGGUGUUUGGGCAGAAGUGGUGCAGCGACCUGUGGCAGAUCAAAGAGCUGGCUUCAGGGAAGGGGGGUGAGGAGAGGACUGGGGGAUCUGGGCUGGGGAUUGUGGGCUCCUUCCCCAGUCUGAACGCCCUGAUCCGUGAGAACCUGGAGCCCUCCCCCACUAGCCCCCUGCAGGACCCCCAGUGGAUGCCUCUGGAGGACAUGGAGGUCCUCUCCUCGACCUUGGACACUCCGCAAGACCCUCCUGCUACCAUAAGCGCUACAGUUGAGGAGUCCCUCAGGUCUCCGUCGAUGCUUCACCGGCUCCUCACACUCCCCGCUCAGCUCCUAGACGAGAACGCCAUGGACACCAUUCCGCUGCUCGCCGACGCUUCCCCCGGCAGAGCAGCUGAGCGACGGCAAAACACAGAAUCGCCUAACCAGAGCUGCCCAUCUCCUUCCAAGAAAAAGGUUGCUGUUUCACUGGAGGAGGAGGAAGAGAAGGAAGACAAAGGGACAACGAGGCUGGACUCAACGGUGAAGACCGUGCCUGUCAAAGGCAGGAAGGCUCACGAGUGUAAAGAAUGCGGCAAGAGGUUCAGCCGGGCGCCGCUCCUGAAAGCUCACCAGCAGACUCAUAUCACCACAGCAAUGGCGACGACGCCAGCAAUUUGUUGCUCAAAGUGCGGGAAACGCUUCUCCAAGGCAUCCCGGCUACAGACGCACCUACGAACUCACACUGGUAAAAAGUCAUGAGAAGGGAAUUAGAAGAUUGAAGAAAAAAAAGAAGUUGUUCUUCAGUCCAUAUCUCACAAAUAGCCGUAGUAGCAGGAUGGUCACCGGUAUUCGAGUUCAUACAUUUUGAGUUCACUUUAAGUACCUUACAAGUCGGGAAUCGGAGGCAUUUUUUUCAUGUUGCUGAUUUGAAGGUACAGUUUUUGCUGACUGCUGUAUGUUUCUUAAUUGUUACCACCAUUUUGAUUCCUUACAUGUGGCGACAAGGUAAAUACUUUAAACAUUUGGGAUUGGAUCUGGUUGGUAGUUGUGGUUAGUAUCACCAUUUUACAUUAUGUAUAGCAUGGGACAGUGGCGUUCACAACAAGCAAUGAAGUGACCUUUUUAAGUGCUCUUUUUAGUUUUCUCAGUAUACUUUUCUACAUUUUUUGUGAAUAUCAAACUGGUCUCUUUGUGUUUUAUUAUUUCACAUCAAGGUUAUUUGCUAUACCAGAGGCAAUGAUCUUGGCUUUUGUGGACUGCAAUUUCAAUAAACAGUUCACUGAUUUGUGAGAAUUGUAUCUUUCAGUUGCAGACGCGUUGUCUCAAGUCGAAUGUGAAUCGCAACUCGUCUUUUUUCCGGUGCUACAAGCAGUGACUCACUUUCAAAGGAGGUGAGAGCGAUGGACUGCUGGAGUCAAUAGCAGAUGUCAUACCUUUGUUUUGCUUACCUCUGAAUGUGAAUCUCUGUACAGAUGGAAAUAACCUGGUAUUUCUCUUUACCUUCUUCAUGCAAUUCACUAUUUACAGUCCUCACUUGACAGUAUUUUUAUUUUUCACUCAACAUAAAUACCUCCUUAAUAACACUCAAAUGUUUGAUAAAGGUAUUGUUACGUUGGUAGCCCUUUUAAAAAAAUUUUUUUAUAAAGAACCACAGAUUCAGAGUCUGCAGACCUCUAGUUGAUGACUAGCACGAGCUGUGUGACAUUUCACAAUGGUCAAUCUUGGGCUUUUCUAUAUCCUGUCUGCCCUGGAAGGACCAUUCCUGACACAAGUCUAAGAAGAUAGAAGAAGAUUGUAAAGAACGGAAUCUUGCCCUCGUGCUGAUUGUGGAAGGCUGAAUUCUCAAGUGUCAUGGGAUGUAGAGAAAUGCAUCAAUGAGAAACACUUUGGUUUGCUUUGUCUUGUUUGACCUCCGGAUCAGUCAAAUGGAUGUGGAGCAUCUGAUUGGACAUCGGGAAUAUUGUUUCUGCUCAUAUGGCCAUGCCUAACAGAAUACUUUGUUGGGAACAUAACAUAUUGAAGGGAUGGGUCAUUCAAAUAAGGGAUGUGGUGGGUUGAGGGGCAGGGUUGUAUAGACUUUGGAGACUUACAGGUGUUUGCAGGACUGCUCUUGGCCUUGGAAAAGACAUCUUUAGAAAGGCAAACACUGUUUAAGACCCUCUGCCAGAUUCCUUAAGUAUCGUAGCGUCUUCCCAUUUUGAUUGUGCUUUGUAUCUUGUAGAUGCGUCUGCAGUUUGUAGUGCUGAGUGAUUCGUGCUUUUUGAGGACGGUUUCGGUUCAGUUCUGAAAAAAUAAUCACGGUUUUACGUUGGGAAAAAAUUACAUUACAUGCAUUAUGUAGGUUGAUUGCUGUAACACAGAAUAAAAUAAUUAAGGUCC